CCCCAGCAUCACAAACCUUCUUGAUGCUGACGUCAAGAACGUGGCCUCCAUCCAACAAUCACUGCUCAGCGACGACGAUCUUGCACCCGGCACCAAUUCAGGUCACCGCCCAAUCAGCUGCUGCAACAAGCCCGUGCCCAAGAUGCUGACCCCGCCCGACAGCCCCGUCUUCUCAGAGUUGACCACGCCCCCGAAUCUGCUCCGGAUGACGUCACAAGAUGGAUCGCAGAUGGUGAUACCGAAUUUCGGAUUGGUGUCCAACGCGCUCGACAUGCUUGACUCGAAUUUUUCUCAUUCUUUCGAGAGCCUGGACUCGUUAAAUCACAUCACCGAAUUGGAGCACCUCCAUGCAAGGGACAUCAUGAGCAGUACGUCGACAAGUUCAGAUGACAUGUUUGAUGAUAAUGACAGUGGUUCAGACUGGCCUGGUAUUUAUAUCGACGAUAAUGAUGACUCCAUCGUUCCCAGCCCUACCCCGUCUCAUCCUUUCGAUGCUCCCUAUUUCUAUGAAUCGCCCGACCUUACUACCAUUGACAGUCUACUAGUCUACCAGGAACCAACGAAACUUGAGAGAAGAAAAUACAGCUCCAUUUGCACUGAAGAAUCCAUGCAAUCUGACAGUGGAAGUGAAAGCGGGAGCUGCCCCUCCCUGGCCACACCAGCGAGACCUUUCUACAGUCACCACAGUUCCAGCAAAUCAAAAUCAGCAGUGAGCAGGACGCACAACUACCAGAGGCGAACCAUUACGAAAAGCUUGGAGGAGCUUAGGGAAGAAGGGACAAAGCCCGUCAAGGGAUCACCAUCAUCGCCGUCAUCAUCAUCGACGUCAUCGUCGAGUACGAACAUUGAGAGGAGAAAGCGAGGUCGUCCUAGGAAGAGGCUUUCUGGUGAGCUCGGGGAGUUGGAGAGGGGAGUCGGACGAAGAAAGCAAAGCAGAAAAGCAGUGAAAGGAAGCCAUCUCUGGGAGUUCAUCCUUGGGAUCCUGAAGAACGAGGACUACUGUCCCCAGUACAUACGGUGGGAGGACAAGGAGAAGGGGGUCUUUCGAAUCGUGAACUCGAAGGUGGUGGCCAACAUGUGGGGCGACAUCAAGAAUAACCCGAGAAUGACGUAUGAGAAGCUGAGCAGGGCCAUGAGGUAUUACUACAAGAGGGAGAUCUUAGAGCGAGUCGACAAGGCAAGACUCGUUUACAAGUUUGGCGUCAAAGCGGAGGGAUGGAGGAAAGUGAUUGCGGAUGACUGAACGACCCGGAACCAUUACAACCACUUCCGGGUCACCCCGCUAAUACGUUGACGAUAAUGUUACGAAUGCAUCGCCUGUUUUAGAGGUUGAAUUGAACUUCGGCGUCCUUUUUGAAACCUUGAUUUUCCCUUCUGAACCAUCUAAAAAGAAGGGGUUUUUACAGACAUCGUAAAGUAAGGUGCUAGAGGUAGCAGAUCCCGGAACUUCAAAACAAGAACUGAAUCAUUUUGUUAAAGGAAAAUGCCGGCGCAAUUCCAAGCUUCUUCUGUGAAUAUGGAUCUCUUCAAUCACAACUUUCUGAGGGAUCAGAACUAAAAUGGAAAAAACGCCAUGUAUCCAAUAUUUCUUUCACUAAAAAUACAUCACUGGUCCAAUGGAAAAGUGCAGGACGGACGGAAAUGUUCAAGAUUACUGUAUUGGAUCAUCAAAUCACCCCUUGUAGCGUGUAUACAGCUUCAGUAAGGAACACAGUAUUCCAACAAAUCAUACAG